AUGAUUGCCCCUGCGGUCUCUACCAUCGGAGCUGGGCUCAGCGGACUGGCCCUCGGAUUGAGUCUGAAAAGUAAAGGCAUUUCAGGCAAGAUCUAUGACCUUGCACCUGGUAUCCCGCGAUUCAAUUACGGAAUUACGCUACAUGCCUCUACCUAUCGUCCACUCCUGGGUCUUCUCAAGAUGGAUGAAGCUACCUUUCGGAAGGAGACCGCUGUCGACGGGGCACGGGGGGAACCGGUCAUCUGGAAGGACCGAACCCAUCUGGUCAAAUUCGAGCGCGGCCUCGGCUUUAAGACAAGAUGUCUUGCCGGAUGCGAUGGAAUCAACUCAUCCGUGUCGCGGUCACUGAUGCAUAAGGUGGACGCGGAUGUCCAUCCUUUUGUUGCUUUCAGUGGUAGACGCCGCGUGCCUACCGACGUGUUUGUCAAGGUGUUUGGGCAAUCUAUGGCGGAAAAUGUCAUGAUUGUGCAUCACAAUGGGGCAGCUCGUCUGGAGAUAACCAUCAGUGAUAUGACCAGCGAAUACGUGAUUCUUGGCUACAUCUAUUCCCGCCAAACUCGGAGCCAAGGAUCAACCAAGGACCCAUUACAUACGCCACUUCGACCAUCACCCGGCGCAAAGUUGACCCCUCCAGCAUUAUACGACGAGAUAGAAGCGCUAGGGAAUCUACCCCAGCCGUUCAACACCAUUUUCCACGCUGAAAGCAUGCGUAAUGAUCGUCUGUUGCAUUGGCUCUUGCGGAGUCGUAGGCCGCAGAUAGAUCAUUCCAAGCAAUUGGCCGACAGAGGCGCAUUUAUCAUCGGCGACGCAGCGCAUGGCGCACCUCUCCUUGGCGGAGAAGGCGCAAACAUGGCUAUCACGGACGGCAUUGAUCUUGCUGAACACAUAGCAAAACGAGGAGUAGACACCGCUGCAGGAUUCUCGAAUUCGAAAUACGAAUCAUGGAUCAAGUUUGUUGACGAAAGUGUGCAGAGGCUGAGAGACAUGCACAAUCCAGGCGGUCGUCGUCAUUGA